ACGCCUCAAGUUGUCAUACCACUGUUAGAAUUUCUCUCUGAUGAUGGAGAUUUGGAUAAACAGGAAAUCGCAUACAUAAAAGGCUUGGUCUUGAAGCUAGAGGAAGAAUUGCAUACUGUAACAUCUUCAUCCUCCAAAUAAUUACACAUCCCGGCAGAUCAAAUUGGUGGUGCAAUACAAAGACAGUUCGCGGACGCCUUGAAAGUUCAUGUUCAACAGCAAGCGAAUGACGGUUGGAAGAGGAAGCAACUGGAUGUUUGGUCAACCAGCAAAGCAGCUGGUGGCGACAAAGGAAACCUAUAAGGGCUUACCAGUGGAACUUCAAAAUCUACAUGUCAUUAAGAAACAUCAGAUGUUUGUUGGAAUCCUCAAAAGUUCUAAACUCUUCGUACAAAAACAGGAACAACGUGAACUACUUGACAAAAAUGGGGAUUGCAAUAGAGUUUUGGUCUAUGGAACCGACUUGAGACACAAAAAACUAUUUUUGUUGAGCCACGACGAAAAAACGAAUUUACAGAGGCAAUGGAAGGAUUUUAUGAAAACGUUUGCAACCCAGAGAACAAGGGUGCUGUUUCUUGUUGUUUGCUAAAGAAAGGUAUGGUGUCUACUGUAUUUUUUCGACGUAUUAAUACCAAAGUCUUUAAACACAUACAUUUAAGACGGCUUGUCAAGUUUAAAACCUUGUAUAGUAAUAAGCUUGUUGGCGAAUCUGCUAAAAACCUGUCAGAUUUGGUGGAAAUAAGUAAUAAUUUCAUGUCCAGUGUCCGCGAAUAUAAUCCUUGAUUCAAAUCUUUUAGUAUAAGCAAUUAGGUCAGGG